CUCCAGCAACACCAUCACAACAUCGACAACAACGCGCUUGUGCUUUUGGCUGCGACAUAGCAUGAUUCGGUGAUUUUCUUCUUAUUUGGAACUUGGAUUGACUUACGCCGCUAUGGAUUCCACAAACGAGAACACGGGCAUUGCAAAACGCUCAGGCAUAAAACCACCGUCGAACUUCUCUUCAAUCGCUUCGCCGCCUCGAGUGCUUGGCGAAUUGCACGACGCUGGCAUGAACGCGCGCAGCGCAAUGCUGCCGCCGGCUGGAAUCAAGCAUAAGCCCUCUGGCUUACCCGAGCCGGCCUUCAAACGAAAGACUCUCGCAGAGCAAGCCGCCGAACCUUACAACCGAAAGCUCGUCGCGCCGCCAAUCACCCGUCCAGUAACCAAUGGUGUUAAGGGAACCAUGGCACGCGGUAUGGCAGCACCUACAUCGCGCGCGAUCCCGAAGAACACCUCUAGACAUCCCUCCGCAUCUGCUUUGAGCGGUAGUGUGGGCGCUGGCCCCCGCAUUCAAAGUGGAACCACCAGACCAAAGUCCGCCUACGGUCAAUACGGGGGUCAUGCUAGGAGUAAAUCACAAAACCCGAGCAUGCGUCCCGCUACCGCCAUGAGGCAUCGUGAAGAAGAUGACGAGGAGCAGGAAGCAGAGCGCAAAGAUUUUUAUAACGAACGAAUGGAGGCGAUGGAACGGGAUUUCCGCAUGUUCAAAGAGCAGAUUGAGGGUGAUGUUCGACAAGCAACAGACUACAAGGAAUCUAUUCAACAGCUACAGAAUCGAGUUACUGAAUUGGAAGGUAUUCGCGCGCGACUUGAAAUCGUCAACAAAGGUUUGGAGUCGGAGCUCGAUGACACGAGGAGCUGCCUAAAGUCAGUGAAGUUGGAACUCGAGAUGAACCAACAAAAGCAUUCAUACGAGGCCGAUGACCUCCGCCGCAAGCUUCGUAACGAAGUUGAUGAUCUGGAAUCUCGACAUCGAAAGGACGCCGACCGAAUGCAAAGAGAGCGCGAAGAAGCGGAGAGCAAGAUCCGAAAAGAGCUCGAAACACGAAUUGAAAAACUUCUCAAAGAGCACAGUGAAGAGCUGGCGGUGUUGCGGAAAAAGCUGGAUGCUGAUAGCGAAGCGGAGCGAACUAGGCGAACGAAGGAGACACAAGAACUUGAAGUAGAGUAUGCUUCGAGGCUACGGACGGCUGCUCUUGACGCAGGCGUUAAGCAACGUGAGGCUCAGCUGCUUCAGGGUGAGCUCACCAACGUCAAGUCAGAACUUGAUCGAGAAAGAAACCUGAAGACUGGACUUCAAACGCAGUUGACAGAAGCGACCACGACCAAUCUCACACUGAGCGCCACGAACAAGGCGAUGAAAGAGAAGAUUGACUUUCUUGAGUCUGACAGCCAGGCACAGUCACAAGCAUUCAAUGACCUCCACCGACGGAUGCAGGAGGCCAUCGAGGCAGCAGAACGAGCACACGACAAACUGCGUCAAGAGGAAACACUCCGGCGGAAGCUUUUCAACCAAGUCCAGGAAUUAAAGGGCAACAUUCGAGUCAUGUGUCGUGUGCGACCUACUCAUGAUUCAGAGACCGACCCGGCGCAGAUCUCCUUCCCUGAUAAUGAUACGGAUAGCAAGGAGGUGUCCGUUCUCGGCCCUAGCAGGCAGAGUGCGAUGGGUAAAGACACGACUGCCGCCUACUCAUACUCUUUCGACCGUGUGUUCGGCCCAGCAUCCCAAAAUGGCGAAGUCUUCGAGGAGAUCAGCCAGCUGGUGCAGAGUGCGCUCGAUGGCUACAACGUCUGCAUAUUCUGCUACGGUCAAACAGGAUCCGGAAAAACUUAUACCAUGUCCUCUAUCGAUGGUAUGAUCCCGCGUGCCACGGCCCAGAUCUGGGAUGAAGCGCAACGUCUCCAAGAGAAGGGCUGGCGCUACAGCAUGGAGGGUUCCUUCAUUGAGGUUUACAAUGAGACAUACAACGAUCUUCUCGGCCGCUCGGAGGAUCUCGACAAGAAAAAGGUUGAAGUCAGACAUGACACGGCGAAAAAGCAAACCCUUCUUGAGAACGCAGUCAGUGUCAUGCUCGACGGCCCCCAUCGGGUGGAAGAGAUCCUUGACACAGCCAGCAAGAACAGGACGGUAGCUGCCACAAAGGCGAACAUGCGAUCGAGUCGAAGUCACUCUGUGUUCAUUCUGAAGCUCGUUGGUACGAAUGAGAUCACUGGCGAGAAGAGCGAAGGUACGCUGAACCUAGUGGAUCUUGCUGGAUCGGAGAGGCUCGAGCAUUCGAAGGCUGAAGGUGCGCGGUUGAAAGAGACGCAAAACAUCAACAAAAGCUUGAGCUGUUUGGGAGACGUCAUCAACGCGCUUGGAUCUGCCAAAGAAGGUGCACAUGUCCCAUACAGGAAUUCAAAGUUAACAUACCUACUCCAAUACUCUCUCGGCGGCAACUCCAAGACGCUUAUGUUUGUAAUGGUUAGCCCACUGCAAGCGCAUCUACAAGAGACUGUCACAAGUCUCAAGUUCGCGACAAAGGUGCACAACACACAUAUUGGGACAGCAAAGAAGCAGACGCGGACAUAAUGACACGGACCAGGAUAGGGGGCUGAGGUGAAUGGCGGACAUUGGAGUAGCGGCGUGGGGUAUGACUUUGGUGUUACAUGUGUCUUUAUCUGUUCAGCAACGACCGUUGAAGUGUUCGAGGUCGAUUUGCUUUUUGUUUUCUUUCCUUGCAAUAUUCGAUACUAGGCCUGUGUCUGGAUAGGUGGCCUGCGCCGUGUAUAUUCCACAUUGGCAUGCGCAGGGGUACCGUGUGCUUCUGGGAGUUUUGGGCAAGGCAAUGCACGCAGACAAUGAACAACAACCUGACAUAUUUCUACAAGACCUUCCGCGGUCGCAGACCCCAUCAACGAAUACGCACAGCACAUAUAGCCCGUCCAUCCCGCACAUCCCGUGUCUCUGCAUGGCCCUCGCACCAUACGGAUCUCCUCCCGCCCUACCCGCCUUCUCCUUCUCCACCCGCAAGCGUGCGUCCUGUCCCGUCAC